AUGGCAAACAGAAAGGAGCAAGGCAUCCCGCCUACAGCGCCAACCAGGUUGAGACAGAUUGCUCUCAUUGCCAAAGACCUUGAUCGGGCUCGGGAUCUGUUGACAAGGGUUCUUGACACAGAAGUUGUCUUCGUGGACCCGGGAGUGGCGCAAUGGGGUCUGAAGAACUUUCUCGUGGCGAUUGGAGGCGACCUCAUCGAGGUGUGCUCUCCGUUCCAACCAAACACCACGGUGGGGAGACUGCUGGAGAAACGCGGCGAUGGCGGCUACAUGAUCAUCAUGCAGACCUUGGACGCGGCGGGGAGGAGGAAAUACAUUGAGUCGAACAACCUGGCCAAGGUCAUCUUCGACCACCCGCACGGCGACGUUGAGUGCAUCCAGUAUCAUCCCAAGGGAAUUGCCGGGGGCAUGAUGCCAGAAUUGGACUCUCACGCCCCAUCGGCCACGAAUCCGACUCCCCUGGAGAGCCGCUUCAGUCCCUGGCACGCCUGCGGCUCAGAUUACGCGACGUACUCGGCGGGGAUGAAACGUCGUGCAUACCUGAGGCUGGUCCGAGCCACCCUCCGCCUGGCACCGGGGCAGACAGAUGUCCAGGCCGCCGCCCAGCAAUGGCAGGACUACUUCGGGGUGGAGAGACAGGGGAGUGAGCUGGUGUUCACCAACGCCCGUUUGAACUUCGUGCCGGGCGUGGACGGGAUGCCUGAAGGGCUGGAGAGCAUCACGAUCGAGGUCCAGGGCAAGGAGAGGCUCGAGAAGAUGUUGGAGGUGGCGAGCAAGGAGGGUCUUUGUGGAGAUGGGUGGACGAAUAUGCUGGGCGUCAAAUGGUAUUUUGUGGCCCAAGGCGAGAAGAAGGAGGGCGUCAAGAGCAGACUGUGA